CGUAUCCGCUGGUUUUACGACGGUGUGCUUACACAAUGACAGUUUCCGUCAGUUUGACUUGCAAAUCGUAAUCGCGUUGAUCAAGCGCUUUUUCGUUUCCAGUUUCCGUUGAAAGGAUAAUUUUAUCAUUUCAAAUUAUCGAUCACUAUAUGAGAUACAGAAAGAGACCAAUUUUUGAGAUACGUAACAAGUUGUACUUGCUGUACUUAAAUUCUGAACUUCCGAGGCCCAGUAGAGAGCUCGAGCGGCAGCUCCGAAAAGUUUGUUGUUGUCACGUGAUAUGAGACGAAUGUGGCGAUAAAAGUUUGUUUAUAUAGUAAAACUAGGUGGCGUACCACAUUAUCAAAACCUAUUGAACACCGUUUUCACUACAAUGCCUCAACCAAAACAUCGAAAGAUUGCAGUUAUAGGUUACAGGUCUGUAGGAAAGUCAUCUCUUACAAUACAGUUUGUGGAAGGACAGUUUGUUGAUUCCUAUGACCCCACCAUCGAAAACACCUUUAACAAAAUGGUCAGCGUGAAUGGUCAAGACUUCAAUCUUCAGCUGGUUGAUACAGCUGGACAAGAUGAGUACUCAAUUUUUCACCAAUCCCACUCAAUGGACAUCCAUGGGUAUGUCCUUGUCUAUUCAGUGACUUCCAUGAAAAGAUGUCUGUCUCUGUUCAGUUUUGAAGUUGUGCAGGUUCUACACGACAAGCUGCUAGACAUGGUUGGGAAGAUUCAGGUUCCAACUGUUCUUGUAGGGAACAAAAAAGAUCUCCACAUGGAAAGGGUUAUCAAGCCAGAGGAAGGAAAAAAACUUGCAGAUUCCUGGGGUGCUGCAUUCAUGGAGUCCUCAGCCAAGGAGAAUGAGACUGCUGUGGAGGUUUUCAAGCGGAUCAUUUUGGAGAUGGAGAAAGCUGAUGGAAAUGCACCCCAGGAAGAGAAGAAGUGCGCUGUGAUGUAAAAGUGCAGCCAGGAUAUCUGUAAGCUCAUUCGCUGAAGACAGGAGGCACAACUUCACCAGCUUGCCAAUCGUGACCUCACCGGCACAAAGACACUGCAGUGGAACUUUUCUGCUCCAUUGUGAUAUCAGAUUGAUUUCCAUAGCAAGGCAACUGCUCAGACAGUUGAUAAACUAUCCCACUAAUUGUAACCACAGGGAGAAGUUUCUAAGAGCAAGAUUUAUCUUUGUUUUAGGCAAAGAAGCACCACCAGUGAACACUUUCUUUAAAUAUUGAAAUCUAAUCUAUUACUGGGAAAAAUAUUGACUUUGAGUUCAACUAAAUGCUCAGAAAACAAAAUAAUAUUGCCAAACAUAUUGGUCCCAAUGAAUUGCAUCAAAUUUUGUCAUGAACGUAUUAUGAUAAUAACUACUUGUAAGUCUGAUGUUUGAGACAUCAUUGGCUAUUGUCUCAUAACUCUUGGAGUAGUUGAGUUAAUGUACAGUGAGGGCUUGUUAAUAACCUUUUUAAGGACUGGGAUUAGUUCAGCAGGUCUUUUUUGACAGUGAUGGAGAGUCACAGUACACAUUGCUUUAAAUGUGGUGUUAAAAUGUCAGUAUUUCUCACAAAUGGUGGAUUUCCUUGAACACCCUGGAAUGAGACUUCACAUAAGAAAUUUCACUGGUUUCACAGUUCUUCUCACUGUAAUUUUUAUCAACUCCUCUUCAGGUACCAGGAACUCUUGAACUGUUCACGAUGGAGGAAUCUAUUUGUAUAUGUAACAACUCACAUUUUAAGCUCUUCUGCUAAGCGGAUUAGUCCUCUUCCAUUGUUUGUACAGUUUAAUUCCUUAUUGACUGUAAUAAAGCUGUUAUCUUAUGGACAACCUUCAGAGAAAUUUAGUAUAGGUAUGAAUAGAUCUUUGGUAUUUACCAGUUAUGGCCUUUUUUAUACAAUAUAAAUAGAAUCUUAGAAAUUGGUUUAAUAAUAUUUGUUAAUCUUGAGUGGUGCAGGUUUGCUCUUCCUUCAAUAUCCUAAGUAGAGUAUAUGGUUAUAAUUAUGAACAUUGUUGAGUUGCAAUUUUUUAAUUGCAUUUUAACACAGCGUAAGACUAUUUAAUUGGCUGAAGGCCACUGAGUUAGUUUAGUAAUUUUUGAGCUCAUGGUUUUGAUUUGAUGGUUCAUGUAGGCUUGAUAAAACCAAGCCCCGAUGGCAAGCAGUCCAUUUAAUUCAUAAUUGUGUACUUGCAUGAUCACCGUCAGAUGCUUGAGAUCCUUGAUGACUUGUUUUUCUUAGAUCCUGUAGCCUUACCCCCCCUCCAAUAAUCCUCAUGUUGUACCUGUAGUGGAUAAUUGUACAAUUCUAUCAAGUGCUUUGCUGAGUAAGUAGUUGAUUGAUGGGUGAUUGAUGAUGGUUGAAGAGAAGCUGGUGAUGCUGUGUCUUGUGCCUUAAAGUUGUUCAAACUCCCUCAUCUGCUUCCCUUCAUGACUCAAGGUGCUCUUAAAGGUUUUUUUUUUUUCUUCCUUCUGUUGACUUGAUACCCAGGUGCAGGUGGUGUGCACCUGUACACCAAUAUCCCCUUGUGGGUCAAUGUUAAUUCAGAAAUCUUGCUGUAAACAGUUUUGUAUAUAAAUAAAUCUGUUACUCAUG